AGCCCUAACUCAAAGCACCUGCAUCUACUCAAAGUGAGCACUAUUAUUAGGAAUUUUGUUUCAUUCUAUUAUGACAUGUGGUUCUUAUUUGACAUCAGCUUCUGGUUAAAAAAAUAUGACUAACGUUCAUUAGAUCUAUUCAGGAACUCAGUAUUUCUCUCUUUUCAGUGAUCCAAACAAAUCUUAUCAGUCCAGAAUUCUCUGAAAAGAAUGAAAGGCUCACAUUAAACGCUCAAGGAGAUCAAAUAGCCAUCCACUCAAGAGAAGCAACUGCUAUGACCACAGAUACCAUUGCUGUGGCUUUUAUAUCAUAUGGUGGGCUAAAAACACUUUUACAAGAUACUUUACUUCAGAAUAGAACAUUCCUGGGCAAUGAAAUUCUGACAGAUGUUCAUAUGAAUUCUAGGCUGGUAAGCGUUUCUGCCAGAAGCAAGAAACAGAAUAUUUCUACCCCAGUCAAUCUCACCUUUCAGCAUCUCAAGAGUAAAGUUCCCCAGGAAAAGGCUCUCUGUGUCCAAUGGAUUUCUGGUGCCUUGUCAAAGCAUGGUUGCCAACAGAUCUUUUCUAACAUCACCCAUACAGAAUGCAGCUGUCAAUAUCUGUCCAGUUUUGCUGUACUGAUGGCCACAACUCAUAAACACGGAGAUCUGAUCCUCACUAUUAUUAGCUACCUUGGGUUGUCCAUCUCAGUCAUCUGUCUCUUCCUGUGUAUUGUCACAUUCCUCUUCUGCCGCGCCAGCCACAACAGCAGCACCUUCAUCCAUCUACACCUGAGUUUCUGCCUGUUUUUUGCAGACCUCCUCUUCCUAACUGGAAUAGAUAAAACAGGCAACAAGAUCCUGUGUUCGGUCAUAGCUGGAAUGCUGAAGUAUCUUUAUUUGGCCUGUUUUGUCUGGAUGUUCUUGGAAGCUAUCAAUCUCUACUUCAUCGUCAGAAACUUGAAAGUGGCCAAUUACAGUGGGGCCAGCAAGUAUAUGAAGAUAUGCAUGUACCUCAUUGGUUAUGGGUCCCCUGUCCUGAUUGUAGCUAUUUCUGCAGCCAUUAAACCUGGAGCCUUUGGGACUCUGUAUCACUGCUGGCUUGAUCCAGAUUUUAUCUGGAGCUUUAUGGGACCUGUCUGUGUAAUAAUUGGGGUCAACUUGGUGUUUUUCUGUCUUAUUCUGAAGAAUCUACAUACAAAAGUGGCAUCUCUCAAUUCAGAGAUAUCUUCAGUCAAAAAUACCAAGUCACUGAUAUUUAAGGCUAUAGGCCUUGUGUUCAUCCUGGGUGUGUCCUGGUGUUUUGGCCUCUUUCAACAUGGCCCUGUGGAAAACAUUAUGGCAUAUUUGUUCACCAUCACCAACAGUGUGCAAGGAAUCUUCAUAUUCCUGGUGUACUGCUUACUCAACAAAAAGGUGAGAGAAGCAUACUGGCAUUGGAUCUGUUGCAUCAGAGAGCGUCCACCUGAGGCUUCUGAGAUCAUAGUGACCUCUUUCCCCAUCAGCAAUCCUUCAACAAAUGUACCAAGUGCUACUGCAGUAGUUGACCAGAAAGUAGAAUGGGGGAACCCAACAUAGCUCAUUGUCUCUCUUUUGGACUCUUCUUUUCAGUGUGAACAAAACUGAAGUAAAAUUGAAUAUACUAAGCCCUUUGUUUUCUUGUUGGCUCUCAGCCCUUUACUGCAACUUGAAAUCCAGACCCAUGCUGGAAACAUAACUUUUUGAUCAUUCCCUAUUUUCAUUGCCAUUGUCUGUCUGUUUUUACUAUAGUAUAUAAUGUAUAUAGUAUAUGCUGUAUAUAGUAUAUAUAGGACAGUAUUCUGCUCUUUCAUAUUCAAGUAUUUCAAUUUUGCAAAGGACAUAUUUAAAAUGUUUUAUACAACCCUAAUACAGCACAUUUCCAGCCUUUUUCUGUACAUUGCUCUUUUAGGGAAUGUCAUGUUUACUAAGGCUGAACAUGGGUUGAAGGAAUACAAAGGAUGUGCCAACAUAACAGUAUCUUGACAGCAACAUUCCUCUUCAUAGUGACAGUGUACUUUUAAACUAAUCAAUAGAUUCAUUUUUUUGUGCUGCCAAAAAAAAGGAUUUAUUGUAGUCCUAAAUUCUUAUCUGUGGCAACAUAAACACAUUGAAAACUACAGACAUAUUUGCUUAGAGAAGGAAAACACAACUGAAAUAGUCCAGAAAAUCAAAAAUGUCAGUUUGGAAAUGAUCCAAGAAUGGUCAGUUUUCAGACCAAAAUUCUGCUAGGUUAUCCAAGAAAGUCAAAGCACCAUACAGUUAGGCUAGAAGGAGUUUGGAUAUAUCUGAGGAUGGGCAUGAGUAAUGUUGAUUGCCACAAAGAGCCAGUCAAGCCACAGUUUCCUUUAUAUUACUAGCCAUAUUUCUACAAGAUGAACCAAUUAAUAUGGCUAGUGAGAUAUACUUCUUACUUUCAAGUGGAUGGCUCAAGUUCCUUUGCUCUUCUCUUGUCAACUUGUGGUGUCUUCCUGGGUUUGGGACUUACCUAGCUCAACUUCUGUAUCAACUGACUCAGCCUACACUGACUGACCAUGUACCUCCUCUCUUCAGCCAAUCCCUGUGGUUGAGGCUGAGACUCAGAUUGGUCAAGCUCUUCUACUUCUGAACCCAAAAAUUCAGGCUAAUCCUUAACACACACUGAGUAAAGAUUAGAUGAUUCUACAACCAUACUGGUACAAAAAUAGUACAAUUAAUUAGCAAGAAACAACUUGAUUCUUCCAAUCCUAUCAAUCCAGAUGGAGUUGAAUAUUUAGGGAUAGUUUAUAAAAGGUUGGUGUUAAUUUUAAACUGCAGUCAAGAUCUUUUUCUAUAUAAUUAAAAAUGGAACUUGUGUCAUAGCAACAACUUUCAUUA